AUGCGGGCACUGCGAUUUAAUCAAGAUGCUACAUGCUGCUCUGUGUCUAUGGCACCGGGAUCCCUAUGCAUUUACAAUUGCGACCCUUUUGGUAAAUGCUUUGAGCUCGAAAACGGCAGUAGAAGUAGCAGCAGAGACGAACUGACUAGCUUGCAAACUGGCAAUGAAUAUCAUUUCAUUGUGGAGAUGCUGUUUUCUACCAGCCUUAUAGUGGUUGUGGACAAAAGUCAAGGCCGACAAAAGAGCCGUAAACUGAAGAUUGUCAAUACGAAGCGCAAAUCAACGAUAUGCGAACUCACUUUCUCACACGAAAUUGAAAACGUUGCGAUGAAUCGCAAACGUAUGUGCGUGCUACUGGCAAGUGACCAAAUUUUUAUCUACGACAUUUCAUGCAUGAAACUACUGCAAACUAUCGAUGUGCUUGCAAGCAAAUUGGAUCCGCGAAAUUCAGCGGCCAGAUCACCAGGCACAAAUGGAUCAGAGUCCAAAUCAAACGUACGAAUGGCCCUGAGUAGCGACAGCUCCAGCAUUUUGUGCUAUAGCACGAUUUCACGGUCAUCGAAAGAUAGCGGCAUUUUCAACGAUAUUGUGGUAUUCGAUGCUCUUAACAUCACACCUAUCAAUUAUCUGAAUUCCGCACACAAGAGUAGUGUAAGCUGCAUGGCAAUUUCUCACAACGGUAAAUUGGUAGCCUCGGCAUCGGAGCGUGGAACCAUUGUAAGGGUCUUUCAGACGGGUGCAGAGACUGAGUUUGACACCAAAGACCCACUUUUCCGUGAGUUUCGACGCGGUACACGACCCACUACUAUUCAUGAGAUGAAGUUUAAUCCAGCAGCUACUCUUUUGGGAUGUGUAGGUGACACUGACACGGUACAUGUUUUCAAGCUUUCAGCGGGCACAGAGCUUGAAAACUCGUCAGGCUAUGAAAGUCGAGAUCCAUGGGUAGAGUCACGUUUAGCAAAAGACCAUUCAAGACAGCUGGCGAGCUUUUUAUCCAAGCAGGUCAUCUCUCGAAUCCCAAGCCAAACGGUGGCCCGAGAUUUCGCAUAUAUGAAAGUACCAGUUGAUGUCGGGCAUUGCAUUGGUUUUCCAGAAGAAUUUCCGAAUCAGGUCUAUCUGGCUGGGGACGACGGAGUUUUACAGAUUUAUGAACUGCCCACAAAGCACGGGGAAUGCAUACUGUUGAAGAACAGUAAAUUUUAG